AUGAAAGAUGGUCUCUUGAGAUAAUCAGUCAUGUCCUACCUCGAGCUCUCAAUGCAUCGGUCUAUGGGUGCAGAACUAUGGUGAUAGAAUGUGUUAAAGGGGAUGAGGUAAGCCUAAAAUCUUAUAGAAGGAACUUGUCUGGAAAUACCUAAAACCUCUUGGAAUAAAUGCAGAUUUAGCACAAAAUAGAGCAAAAUGGAAGAGAAAAAAAAAAAUCAUAUAUGCUAUACGAAUCAGUUGGAAUUAAAGUUCAAUCGUGUUGAGAUUUUAUGUCAGGUCCAACGUUUUUAGAUAACUUCUAGUGCUAAUAGAUCUAAAUUCUUGCAUAUUGAGUUGAUACGGGUCUAAACGGAGUUACACAGUUAAUGAGGAUUGGUAUAAUCAACCCCAACUAGCUUGGGGUUAAGAUGUCAUCGUCGUUGUAAUAAAUGAAUGAGAGUGAUCAAGGUCACUAUUUCCCCCUCUAACAGUGUUUAUUUCGAGGGCUGGAGUGGGUGAAGGAGUACCCAAUGUCUGAGUCUCGUAGUGUCUAGAUAUCUCCUUUUGAGCAUUAUCCCGUUCUCCAAGGAUAAUUUUGUAAGGAAUUAUUCUAACUACACAUUAGGCUUUUGGUUUUCCAAGGAGCUUUUCCAGUUUGAUUAGAGAUUCAUAUGUCAGUAUAAGGACAACUGCAAAAUUUAGAGGACGAUAUCUGGAGAACCGCUAAGCUGUCUUGUAAAACAAAUUAUUGAGCAUUGAAAUGAUACGAUUGGUUAGAGAUUUAUAUGUCAGUAUAAGGACAACUGCAAGAUUUAGAGAACUAUAUCUAGAGAACCUUUAAGUUGUCUUGUAAAACAAAUUAUUGAGCAUUGAAAUGAUACGGAUACACAAAAACCAAAUAGAGGAGAACUUAACUGCAACUAUAUCCAGAUAUUGGAAUUCCGUAGCCCUCAUGGGAGUUGUAAGUUGACAUAGAUUUAGAUGAGUUACUGUGCUACUUGCGCAUGAGCUAUGCCUAGCAGUCAUGAUAGUUCUGUUAAGCCAUGUAAAAAUCCACGUAUAAUUUACAACCAGCAUCAAAGCACCAGACGAGGCAGCCAUGUAAAAAAUCCCUUUUCUGUUCAAUAUGGCAAUCAACAGUCCAUCCGUUCACAUUGAAACGGUUCGUUCAGAGGAAUUAGUUUGGCUUUGGAUACAGUUUUCACUACUUAGAGGGAAAAUAGGUCCAAUUCAGUUUUUCUUCUGGCCUCAGGAGGGGCUAAACUAGAUUUUGUUUUUCUAGUGACGUUGAGUAUAUAUACUUCAUUUUUCUGGUGCUGAUACGUAGUGAAUAGGCAGAAGGACAACGAAAUGGAGCUAUUCGUUUUUUCGUUGAAACAUAUUAUAGAGGUUCAAAAGAACCAAAAGAGGUUCUUCGGUUGAACAAGUGCUUCCUAUCAGAUCCUUAUUGCACUAGUUGCUCUGUGCUAUGUGGAAAUCCAUUUCAAAUGCCAUCACAAGCUUUGGUCAGAAGAAGGAUUCUGCUACACCCAGUCAUACUUGUCACGAAUACUCAGACGAUGAUGAUAUCUGCUCUAAUGACAGCACAGAGGAAGGACUAGAAUGCCCAAUAUGUUGGGAAUCAUUUAACAUUGUUGAGAAUGUUCCCUAUGUAUUAUGGUGUGGCCACUCUCUUUGUAAGAAUUGUCUGUUGGGACUUAAACCGGCUUCCGUGAAGAUAUCCACUCAACAAGUCCAGAUUCCAUUGUUCGUUUCCUGCCCAUGGUGUAAUUUGUUGACACUUCGAUUGUUCUACCAGGGAAAUCUAAAGUUUCCGAGCAAAAACUUCUUCCUCCUAUGGAUGGUGGAGAGCCGAAAUGGUGACCGGAUGAAGUCUCCAUCUACCAUAUACCAGGAUCAACUAGUGGGCUCCGCCCCUUGUACUUCAACUGGGACCCAGAGUUCUAUCACAAACUGCAGGAGGUCUCAUCGUCUAGGCUCUUCAGGUGGUCCUAGCAAUACAAGUGGGACCCCUACAAUGCAAAGGACCCAGUUUUCUCUUCAGAAGUCCCUUGAUUUCUUUUUCCGAUUGACAUCCAAGUUUCCGUUGGUUAUUGUACUUCUUCUGGUUGUUAUAUUUGUGAUACCUUCAAGUGUGGGCAUCUUGAUUCUAUACCUGGUUAUCACAAUUCUCUUUGGGCUUCCAUCUUUGCUAGUAUUAUACUUCGCUUAUCCUGCUCUGGAUUGGCUGGUGAGAGAAAUUACUGCUUGAAGUGUUUCCGUUCAAUUUGUUUGAGAAUUAUUUCUUAGAGUUCCGAGGCUGUAAUACAAAGUACUGUUUGCACUAGUUAACAAGAGAUUCUGUAAAUAUUUGUUGGUUUUCAUGGAAGUUAAUGUUAAUUUUCCUUCAUAGUUUA